AUGAAGAACAUGGGAAGCAUCUCCCUCCUGCUGCUGGCAGCGACCUCGUACGUCGCCGCCAGGCCGGCCCUCGAGGUGACAGACCUGCGCAUGCACGUCCGCGGGCAGGCCGCAGCCCCCGCGGUGGCCGAAGCCGCCGCCCCUGCCGCUGAGGAGGAGAAGAAGGAGGAGAAGAAGGAGGAGGAGGGCCCCGCCGCUCCCCCUGCGGCCAAAGAGGGGGAAAAACCCGCCGCUCCCCCUGCUCCUGAGGCACCGGCGGCCGCCAACAACGCCACAGCUCCUGCCGCUGGCAAGGGCAAGGAGGGCAAGGGUAAAGAAGCCAAGGGUAAAGACGCCAAGGGCAAGGAGGCAAAGGAAGGAAAGAAGGCCGAUGCAGCCAAGGCUGGCGCCGGAGCCGGAGCCGGAGCCGCCAAUGCCACUGCUCCCGCCGGAAAGAAGGAUGCUAAGAAGGACGGCAAGGCAGAACUCCAAAACGGCGCCGCCAAGGCCGGAGCUGGUGCUGCCAACUCAACAGCCCCCGCUAAAAAGAAGAAGAAGGCCAAGGCCAAGAAGGCCGGUGCGAACCUCGCCGCCGGCAACGGAACAGCCGCUGAGGGCGGCAAGAAGAAGAAGGAGGGCAAGAAGGCCGGUGCAAACCUCGCUGCCGGUAACGGCACCGCCGUCGAUGCUGGCAAGGGCAAAGAUGGCAAGGGCAAAGAUGCUAAGGGCAAGGACGCAAAGAGUACCCUCGAGAGCCUGCUGGCCCAGCUUGGCGGCGGAGGUGCUGGUCAGACUGGAGGAAUCCAGGGCCUCCUGCAACAGUUCCAGAGUCUCACCGGCGGAACCGGCCAGAGCGCUGGUCUUGGUAACAUCCUUGCGCAACUGGGAGGCGGUGCUGCCAAGAAGUCUACCAAGCGCAGCGCCGUCACUCUGAUCCAGGACUUGGAGUAA